AUGGAGGAUCUUCGCGCUGAGAUGAUGGCAGAGAUCAAACUGCUGAAGGCCAGGCCGGGAGGUGGAAGAUUAGAGGAUGUUAUGAGAGAAGCUAAUACUACCCCUCUAGUCCCAAGCUUAGCCAAAGCUGAAAUCCCCAAGAAAUGUCUGAUUCCAGCAUUUGAAUGCUACGAUGGAUCCAGUGAUCCCGCGGCCCACCUUCGGUAUUAUAACUGUAUGUUGGCCCGGUGGGAUCAGGACGAUGUGGUCCUUUGCAGAUAUUUUCAUUCAAGCUUGAAGGGAUCGGAUCUAUCUUGGUUUGAUAACCUACCUCCCAACUCCAUCAACUCGUACGAGCAACUUACUGAAACGUUCUUAAGAACUUACAUGUAUAACAAGGCCGUCCACGCUGGGAUGGAUAAGUUAUUCUCAUUGGCCAUCGGAUAUAAGGAGACGACCAGGGAAUACACGGAUAGAUGGCAUAAAAUAUGCCAGACUAUAGGUAAUGUAGACCUAGUAGUCAGCAUCAACUGCUACAAAUGGGGAUUAGAUAGAAUGAGCCCAUUGUUUGUCGAGAUUCAUGGGAGCGUGCCCACGGCUGAAGGAGAUCUUCGAGUAAUCAUCGAGAAACACGCUAGUUUGGAAGAAAUCCAACGAGAAAAUCCAAGGGCCCGGGCCCAAAGAUCUCAUCGAACUAACUCCACAGAGCAGGUCAGCGGAUCGAAAAAGGGAAGUUCAUUCGAACGCCCAAACGAAGAUAGGAGAGGAAGAAGAGAAGGCCCUCGGGACGAUGAUCGAAAGUUCGAAGAUCAAGUUUACACGAAGCUAAAUACAAGUUAUGCUCGAAUCUUAAAAGAAAUCAAGGGUCGAGAAAACUUGGAAUGGCCAUGGUCAAAAGGAAAACAACCCCCAAGAUUUGAAAAAUCGAAGGAAUACUGCGAUUACCACUGUUUCAAUGGGCACCAAACCGAUAAGUGCAAGAACUUGAAGAUAAUGAUCCAAAAGCUUAUCGACAACGGAGAAUUUAAGCAAUACAUAAGGAAGGAAGAAGCAGAUGAUAGGUCAAAACGAAUCAAGCAAGUCCAAUUGCCUGAAGCAAUCGAACACUAA